AUGGCUGAACAACCGCCACACCGCGAAGCGACCAGGGACGAGUUCACCGAGGCAUUCAACGCGCAGCUCCUGCAGAUAAAGGUGCUUCUCCAAUCCUCUGACGAGCCGCGGCUGGAACCUCCAGCGUCCAACAUAUCCGCGGCCCGGCGACUGGCCGACCAGGCCGUGGCCCUCUCGGAGGCCUACCCGAAACUGCACGCCAAGGCGCACCUGUUCCUGGGCCACGUCCUGCGUGCCGACGGCCGGUGGCUCGAGGCGCACCAGGCGUACGUCAGGUCGGCUCCCGUCUGUCUGGAGGUCGGGCGGCUCACGGCGCAGAUGAUCGCCGCGUACAACCGGGAGGUGGAGGAGGAGAAGGUGCAGAGGCGAGCGAGGAAGGUGAGAGAGCUGACUGGUGAAUCCGGUGAAGAGAAGCACGAGCAGGCUGUUGUACCUGAGCCCGAGUCGGUCCUGGAGAGUAGUCCCAAGACGAGCCCCGGUCCGCCAGUGCUGAGGAGGAACUGGCCCAAAGAAAUCCCCUACCUCAACGCACCCCUCCGCUCACCAGCCCUGACCCCGGCCCAACUAACCGCCAUCCGCACACCACCAUCGUCAUCAUCCACCACCCGACCCAGCACGGUCCCGCCCUCGUUCCCCCGCGGGCCCAACCCGGCAGUCGAGAUCCGUCCCAUCACGGACCCUCGGCACCCAGCUCACGGCCAGGCCGGACUGUUCGCCACGCGCCGCCUCGAGCCGGGUUCGCUGAUCCUGCCGUACCUGGGCGAGAUCCACCCGGGCGCCGCAACUGCCACUCGAGACGACCAAGAUGAGGAAUACGACUACUCCAAAUCGGACUACGACCUCUGGCUGUCCCGCGACGCCGACGUUGCCGUCGACGCCGCCCGCUGCGGCAACGAGGCACGCUUCGUAAACGACUACCGCAGCGUGCCCGGCGCCGAACGCGCCAACGCCGAGUUUCGCGAGGUCUGGGAUCCGCGAUGGAGGUACCGCGCUGCUGCUGCUGCUGCUGCUUCUGCCGCCGCCGGUGGUGAUGUUGGUGGUGAGGGAAAGGGUCCACCUGUCAUGGCCGCGCAGGCCGGCGAGUGGGGCAUGGCGUUGUUUGUGCUGCCCGUCGGGAAGAAGACGCUGGCUAGGAAACAGCAGCAGCAGCACCAGCAGCAGCAGAAUCAGGGUGGAUCCGGUAAGAGGGGUGUAAGGGGCAUUGAGAAGGGGGAGGAGAUCCUAGUCAGCUAUGGCAAGGGGUUCUGGGAGAAGCGGAGGGAAGAGUCCGGCGAGGCACCGUGA